AGGGCCGGGCGGUCGCCGCGGAAGGCGGAGUCCGCGGGGAAAACGAAACCGAGAGCGAGCUACCCACACUCGGCUGGGCUUCGCGGACCGUGGCGUCGAGAGAUUACGAGGAGAAGAAAUGGCCGAUAGUCAUACACGAAGUUUCUUCAUAGAAGCACUUCAUAAAUACAGUCAAAAGAACAACGUAAAAGUUAACUAUCGUGAACUGUCUAGGACAGGACCUCCACAUGACUCAAGGUUUACGUUUCAAGUUAUAAUAGAUGAGGAAGAAUAUCCAGAAGCUGAAGGUAAAUCAAAGAAGGAAGCAAGAGAUGCUGCAGCCAAAUUAGCUUUGGAAAAACUUCAAACAAAAGGGGAAGUUAGUUCGUCAUUUUUGACAACAGAUUCUUUGGAUGAUUUAUCCGUGGGGAAUUACGUAGGCCAACUUAAUAGGCUUAGCCAAAAGACAAAACUACCUGUAAAUUAUCAUGAAUCGUUCACGAAUGGGCCUGAAAGAUUUUCUUGUAAGUGCCUAAUUGGAGAGAAAGAAUACAGCAGUGCUGUAGGUUCUACUAAACAGAAGGCAAAACAAUUGGCUGCUAAACUUGCCCAUGAGAAGAUACUGGCAGAAAAUGACUUAAUGAAAGAUGAUUCAGUUCUCCUUAACUCUCCCCCGGCUGGGUCCAGUGGCUAUGAGGGCAGCUCUUCGAUGACUUGUGGUACUGAAUCACCGUCUGAAAAUGGCUUUUCAGCAAGUGGAUCAGACAGAAGUAAUAACAGUGACAGUUUUAUGAAUACUCCUUUGUCUUCUCAGAACCGUUUCAGAAGUAGUUUGGGGAAGGUAAAAAGAUUCUUGGCACCUAAUUUUGACUCUCCUUGCACAGUAGGAAAUGAUCAUACUAUGAAUGAGAGGUUUCUCAAGGAAUUUUCUGAAAUAACACCAAUUGGCUCAGGUGCAUACGGCAAUGUUUUCAAAGCAAAACACAAACUUGAUGGGAAGACUUAUGUUGUUAAACGUGUUAAAUAUGAUACAGAAAAUAAGGAAAAGGUAGCGCGGGAAGUAAAAGCUUUGGCAGCACUUGAUCAUCCAAAUAUUGUUCGCUACUAUUCUUCUUGGGAUGGAACUGAUAAUGCUGUGGCAGGCCGCAGAAACAGGACCGAGUGCCUUUUCAUCCAAAUGGAUUUCUGUGAUAAAGGAACAUUGGAACAAUGGAUUGACAGCAGAAAAGGCAAUCAUCAAGACAAACAGUUGUCUUUGGAAUUAUUUGAGCAAAUUGUAACAGGAGUGAAUUAUAUUCAUUCAAAAGCAUUAAUUCAUAGAGAUAUUAAGCCAAGCAACAUAUUUUUAGUAAGUAGAAAACAAAUAAAGAUUGGAGACUUUGGACUUGUAACAUUUCAGGAAUACAAUGAAAAGAGGACGCGUGACAAGGGAACGCCAAUGUACAUGAGCCCAGAGCAGAUCUCUUCACCAGAAUAUGGAAAUGAAGUGGACAUCUUUGCUUUAGGGCUAAUUCUUGCAGAGCUUCUUUACAUACCUUCCACUCGUUCGGAAAUACUUAAGCUUCUUGGUGAUCUACGUCAUGGCCGUAUCUGGGAUGUAUUUGAUCACAAAGAAAAAAUUCUUCUAGGGAAAUUAGUCUCAGAUAAACCCAAGACACGACCUAAGACGUCUGAAAUACUGAACACCUUGAAGGAGUGGAAGGCCGCUGUGAAAGAGAGGAAGAUGCGACACACGUAUUAGUGCCUUUCUAAAAAAGUGUCCUACUUCUCAUGUUCAAUUUUCUUGUGACUGUCUAAAACCUGCUAGGGAUUAUUUUCCUUCUCUGUUAAUUGUUUUUAACUACAUUUGCAGAAAGGUUUGCACUUUUCAACUUCAAAAAUGUUUUUACGUUUGACUUUUUCCCAGCUCAUCUCCUUAUUAUGAAGAUGGGGAAAAAAAUCCCUCAAUUUUUUGUAUCAAUCAAUUGAUAAAUCUUCAUCAAAUAUCUACUGUUUCUAAGCCAAAAAAAAAAAGAACAUCUUUCAAGUCUUAAAUAGGUAACAAGGCAGUUGGAGGAAAACGGUACCCAUAAAAGGAUAAGUUAUAUGCAGUCACUUUGGAAAACAGCUUGGUGUCCUGUAGUAAAGGUAAAUGUGUGUAUUCCAGAAAGCCAUCAAUUCCAUUCCUACAUUCAUGCCUACAAGAAUGUUCGUAGAAUUCCUAUUUGUAAAAGUCAAAGGAUCAGAAAACAAUACCACUGUCCAUCAAGAGAAAAAUGGAUACAUACAUUGUAUUAUAUUCACAUUGAAAUACGAUAUAGAAGUUAAAGUGAAUGAAUUACAGGUAAAUGUAAAACAUGCUACAUCUCUCAGGAACAAUAUAAAGCAACGAAGCAGGUUACAGAAAAUAUAUACAGAAUGAUUCCACUUAUAUAAAGUUCCAAAACGUGGUAAAUGAAAUCGUUUUGUUUAGGAAUCCAAACAAAUGUGGUAAAAAUAAUAACGGGAAGGAAAUGUUGAGAAACAUUAAAUUCUGGUAGUGGUUGCCUCUGAGGAGGAAUGGGAGUGGUGUGAUGGGGAAGGGGAUUUGAAAGGCACAGCUAACUUUUUUCCUUAAAUUGGAAGCUGCCUCCACUAGUGUUUACUACAGAGUUAUUCUUUUUACCUUAAAUAUACUUUGUAUCUAUUCUAAUAAACACUUUAAAAAGAUGGUAACUGUGCUGUAAGGCAAGCUAAGCAUAGAAAAUAGUCAGCCUGGAGGGGCGAGAUCACUUUCCACCGAAGUGUAAUGGCACAGGGUUUGCAGGCGACACUUCAGCAAGGGAUUUAAGUGAGUAGGGAGGAGACCUACUGAGCAGUCUGAGCAACGGGCAUGGCGUAGUAGAUGACAUAGAAUAAUCAUUAAUUUUAUUAGGUGUGAUAGUGAUAGUGUGGUCAUGCAGGAAAAUGUCUCAUUCCUGGGCUCUGUGUACAGAAGUAUCUAGGGGUCAUGUGGCAUGAUGUUUGCAACUUUGAAACAUUCAGCAAAAAUUAAUGUGUAAAAGAAAGAGAGCAAAUGUGGCAAAAUGUUAACAAGUGAACUGAUAAAUCUAGGUUGAGGUUAUAGAGGUGUUUCUUGUCAUAUACCUUGAACUUUUCUGUAGGUUUGAAAUUUUUCUGGGAGGAGAGAAAUCCUUUUUUUUUAAACUAUUAUCUGGAUAUAAUGAAUAAGGCUUUCCUCAAAAGAACGUAGCCUUAUUUUUACUUUCUCAUUUUAAUAUUUAUAUUAUUACGAAAUAAAUAUAGCAUCUCUUGGAAGCUUUUAUUGAUUUGUGGGUAUAUAUUUUCUCAGCCUCAAAAUUAUAAUAAGUAAAAAAUAUCUUCUUAAUCAGAAGAAGAGAGGGGCAAAGGCCAGGGACCUUAUGUGCAAAUUAAAAUGCACAUACAUAUAUAGAGAUUUUGAAAGAUCUAUCUAUAUCUGUAUAUGAUAUAUGUAGAUAUUAUGUUUACCCCCUUUUUAAAAAGUUCUUUUGCUGACAUUUUAAAGGAAAUUGAGGCACUAUUUCACUUGUAAGUACUUAAAAAGGAUCUUUAUGUCUAACAGAUCUUUUUAAUAAUAACAAAACCACAACAUCACCACUCAACAAAAUUAAGACGUUUGAAAUUAUUUGAUAAUUCAGCUUGCUUUCAGUUUUCCUAUCUCAAAAAUACCUUUCUAUGUGUUGUUUAAAUCAGGAUCUCUUUUACUCAAUAACAUUUACCUUUGCUUUUAGUGUCUUUCCUCUUGCAAUUUGUUUGAGGAAGGAAGUGGGAUAUCUAUUGCAUAGAAUUUACUCCAUUCAGGAUUUGACUGAUGAUAUCCCCAUGGUGUCUAGUUAGGUCUAGAAACUUCAUUUGAUUCUGGUUCAAAACUUUUUCCCCCAAGAAUUCUUCAUAGGUGAUGCUGUAUACUUUCUUCAAUGUCACUUGGGAUGAACCUGAUGUCUUGUUCCACUUUGGGUGAUUUUCAGAUUGCUUGGUGGGUUGUGGUGGUGCCAUCUAUUUCAAAGUUUCCUAUCAGUCUUUCAGCUAUAGGUUUUUAGCAACUGUUGGUGAAUGUCUGGAUCCAUUAUUUUAUUAGGGGUUGCAAAACAGUAAUUUUUGGAUUCUAUUGGUCCUCUUGCAUUUAUCAUCCGUGAUUCUUCUAUACAGAACUACAAAGUUCUGUAUAGAAGAAUAAAGGGCUAGGGGCCUGGCGCACAACCCGGGCAUGUGCCCUGACUGGGCGUGGAACUGGUGACUUUUCCGUCCGCAUGCUCAACCCACUGAGCCACACCAGCCAGGGCCCUAUGAUAUAGUUUUUAAAGAGUUAGAAUUUAAGCUAAUAGUGCGGCCACCGUAGAUCUGUUUACAUGGUGUGGUAAAGCAAAUUUGGGAGGUAAAAUGUGGGCUAUCAUUGGGAGAUACUGAGUUAGGGGUGCUGCCGGAGUGUUCAGGUGAAGAUGUAAAGCAUACUGUAGGAAACAGGACGGGAACCCGGAAGAAGGGAUAGAUCGGAAUCAUACCCAGAGGUGAAGUGCAUGUUAUCUAGAAGUAACCCCGGAUGCUUCUUGAAUUCAAGAGAGAGAGAUGCUAAAGGAAAGAGGGCAAGGGAACAAAGCAUGGCAGGCAGAUGUCUCCGUUUAGAUAUUUACUCUUCAUGUCUAAUGUCAAUCCCGUCCUUAAGGUCUUUAUCUGUGAUUAUCAUCUAUGCCAAUCCUGAGACAAUGAUCUCAGAUGGAGGGACUGUAGUUGAUAGCUGUAGAGUGGCCUAAAACUUUAAAUCUGUGUAAUAGGUAAAACUGAGCAAAGGAAAUUGUUCUCAAGCCCUGGCUGGAUGACUCCGUUGGUUGGAAUGUCAUCCUGUACACCAAAAGGUUGAGGGUUCAAUUCCCAGUCAGGGCACAUACGUAGUUUGAUCCCCAGUUGGGGGGUGCCUGUGGGAGGCAACUGAUUGAUAUUUCUCUCCCACAUCAAUGUUUCUCCCUCCCACCCCCCCCCAAAAAAGUCAAGGAACGUAUCCUUGAGUGAGGACUAAAAAAAAUCACUUUCAAAUAUUUGUGUCUCUUUGGAGUUAAUUUGGCUCCUAUAUUAGUUUCCUAUGGCUGCUGUAAUAAAUUACCACAGACUCAGUGGCUUAAAACAAAACACAUUUACUCCCUUAUAGUUUUGCAGGCCAGAAGUCUGAGAAGAGUUUCACUGGGCUAACAUCAAGGUGUUGGCAGGGCUGUGCUCCUCCUGCGGCUCCCAUUCCAUGACACACGUUCCCCGUUACCUGAAGAAGCCUCAGCCACGCUGCUUGGCUCUGGGUUACCUGAGCAGGCUUCUACCCUCAAUGGCUCUCCGCUAUGGUUUCUACCUGAAAUUCCCUCCAACUAUUUUUAAGUAGCAACUUGACUGAGAUAUAAUUCACAUAUCCUGUAGUCACCCAUUUAAAGAAUACAGUUCAGUGGUGGUUCAUACAUUCAGACUUGUGCAACCAUGACUGCAAUCAUUUUUAAAACAUUUUUUGUUAGCCCCUGAAGAAAUCGCAUGUCCAUUAGCAGUCGUUCCUCAUCUUCCCCCAAUUCUGCACAAUUACUAAUCUACCUUCUAUCUUUAUAGAUUUCUGCAUUCUGGACAUUUCAUGUAAAUGGAAUCAUAGAAUAUGUGGUCCUGUUCACUUCAUGUAAUGUUUUUAAGGUUCAUUCAGGUUGUAGCAUGGAUCGGUACUUCAUUCCUUUUUAUUGGCUGUAUCAUUCAUUUUUUUCUCUAAUUGAUGGACAUUUGGGUUGUUUCCACUUUCCAGCUGUUACGAACAAGGCUACUGUGGAUAUUGAGGCUCAGGUUUUAUCUCCACUUCUCUUGAUCGUAUAUGUAAGAGUGCCAAUGCUGGGUCAUGCUGUAACGUUAUUAUUUUGCGUAUCAAACUUAUGUUUGGAACCCACUUUCAGUGCUACUUCUGUAGUGUUUCAUCUCCCACUCAGAAUGAAACUUCUCCCUAGUACUUCCGUUCUUUAGUACCUCAGUAUUGGGCUUACCAGUUUGCCUCAGAGCACAGUUAUUCCUCCAGACUGUGAAUUUCUGGAAAACAGGGAAAGGCACUCUUGUUUUUAUAUACUCCAAGGCCAUUAGUAUACUGCCCUGCAUAAAGCAGAAAGUAUUAAGUGCUUCUGAAUUGGUGGGGAAAAAAUAUUAAUUUCACAUGCUUGAACAUACAAAAUGUGUCAAAUACUAAAUACUGUUCACUUUAAAAUUUCAACAAUUAAAUGUUUGGUAAAUAACAUUUAAAGUAAAUAUCUGUAAGGCAAAUCAACUGGCUACAUUGAAUCUACUUAUUUUGUACUUUAGAACGUCCAGUAUUUGGGUGAAAAAAGUGAAGGGAUAGACCAAAAGAAAAAAACAACAACAACAAAAAAACCUCAGACACAAACAGCAGUAUGAUGAUUACCAG